AAAAAAUACUAACCGAGGAGGAUCCCACUAUCUUUUUGCUACCAUCCCCAGCACCAAAAACAGUGCAAAUGCAACAAACUCAGCAAGCCACGGCGGCAACUUUCUCAACCCCCACUCCUCCUCCCUCCUCCACCGCCGAAGCACCUCCGAAGCAGGUUGCUCUAGCUAUGGACAAACUCGGUCAAGCCGAACGUAUCAUCGCCGACAUCCGAAUUGGCGCUGAUCGUCUCCUCGAAGCUCUAUUCAUCGCCGCCGGUCAACCUCAUCAAGGCAAUAAGCCUCUUCAAGUUUUCGUCAAAGAGAAUGCUUCUAUGCAACAGCAUUUUAAAGACCUUCGAUCCCUCGGAAAGGAGCUUGAAGAAGCUGGAGUUCUUAGUGAAACUGCACGGUCACGGAAGGAUUUUUGGGGAUUGCAUAUGCCGCUGGUUUGUCCAGAUGGUGCCGUUGUUGCCUAUGCUUGGAAACGACAACUCGCCGGUCAAGCUGGAGCUUCUGCCGUUGACAGGACUAGGUUAGCUCUCAAAGCUUUUACUGAUCAGAAAAGACGUUUUUUCCCCCAUCUUGAUGAUGGAGUUGAAGCUAAUGAAUCAGAUUCAAAGAAACGUUGUGGGUCUGAAGAAGUCACAUUUGAACCUAAGGAAGUAAUGAGUUUUCUAAGGACGCUGCCAGAUGUUCUGCAGUCCUUGGAAAAGGAAGUGCCAAAUGUGAAAAUUUCAACUUUUGAAAGGCUGGACUGGUUAAAAUGUGCUUCCACACUCACCUCUUCACCAAAUGAGAGUUCUGAGGAACAUAACUAUCGUGGUUCUAGUAAGCGAAAGUUAGGAUCAAUGGGAAUGGUUGCUCCAGAGAAGGUUGCAGUCAUAGAAUUGCUGUGCCCUUCUAUCUUCAGAGUUGUUAUAUCCUUGCAUCCUGCUGGUUCCAUUGAUCCCGAUGCUGUCGCUUUCUUUUCUCCAGAUGAGAGUGGAAGCUAUGUGCAUGCAAGGGGGGUUUCAGUUCAUCAUGUGUAUAGACAUAUUACGGAAUAUGCAACGAUAGCUCUGCAGUAUUUUCUUGGUAACCAAGCUGAAACAUCAUUGUAUUCUCUUGUGCACUGGAUUUGCAGCUACCAGACUUUAUUUUCAAGACCAUGCAGCAAAUGUAAAAAGCUACUUGCCAUGGAUAAGCAAUCAAAUUUAUUGUUAGCCCCAGUCCACCGGCCCUAUUGGAAGUUUUCCUUUUCAAAAAUUCUGUCAACCAUAUCUUCAAAGGACCAGAAUUCAGAUACUACUAUGGCUUAUCAUAUUGGCUGCAUCUCCGAGGAAGUAUGAUCACACCGACAAUUAUUUAGGAAAUGAAUUAGCACAUGGUCUGUUGUGUAAAUCUAGUGGCUGCAUCUAUUCUCUUAAAAUGGCGCAUAUCACAUGGAUUGAAAGAUUGAUUUUUUGGAUGCUGGGAAGUUAUUCUCACCCUGACAUUGAUCAUUGCCUGCCACAGGACAAAACAAAACCAGAAGAGUACAAGAUAGGAACAUUAUGACCUUUUAUGCAUGCUGGAUGAAAAUGCCAGCUGAUUGUAAUUUUUAAAGGAUCUGUCAGCAUAUGAAACACUAUUAUGACAUAGCAAUAUUUCUGAUUUUAGAAUGAUGCUGCCUACACAUCUCUAUCUUCUUUGUAACUACUACUAGUUUCUCCAUCCAUGUAUGUACAAUAGAAAAUAGUUCAAGGGGGCCAACUGAGAAUCUAGGACUGAGGCACAUGUAAAAAGUUAAAAGAGUGGUGGAUGCAAAUGCUGCUCUAGUAUUGAAAGCUGCUUUUGUGGUCCUUUGAAUGUAUGUAAGUAUUCUGAUUCUGAUGGAGGAUGAUGAUGGACUUAUGCUCAAAAACAAUAGCAACACAUUAUCAUUAUUUAAUUGCAAAAGUUGUAUCAGUUUACAUUAGUUAACUUAAUCAAGCGAAGUUCCAAUUAA